GGUAGUGGGGUGGGCCGGGAGGGACGACUGAGACACCAGAGGGAAUGUUUACUUGUGCAGAAGUCUUUCUCAUGUGGAGGCACGCUGCUCCCUAACUCCUGGCUAAGCAGACUUCAGUUCACCAACUUUGCUGCUGCACAACACGUGUAACUCCUUGACAGGAUGGCAGACAAAAGAACAGCUGGUGCAAAGCAAUAGGGGAUUCAUAGCAAGGAGGAGGAAAGAAAAUCACAAACCUUUCACCCACACUGUUGACAUCCAGCGAUUGUCAGAGCAGCCGUUGAGACGGGACAAGCUGAAGCCACCAUGCGCAGGUCUAGCACCGAUGAGUCGACCUAUCAUAGGAGCCCGUCCCUGGACAGCAAGGAUUACAGUUUCCCAAAUGGCACCUUUCGUCGCUACAGCAGCAUGUAUGGUGGCCAGUUUGGGGCUGCCAGCAACUCUUUCUUUGGAUUCCACGCCAACCCAGGCCCUAAGGCCACCAAGGCUAAGUACACGACCCCCAAGGGAAACAAGUACGUUGUCUUUUACCUGGAUCUCUCAUUUAUUUUUCUCCUAGAACUGAAGAGGUGCAGCAUGGCUCACAACUGCCUGCAGUGUAUCAAGUACCUAAUGUUUGUCUUCAACCUUCUCUUUUGGUUAGGAGGCUGUGGAAUCCUUGGAGUAGGCAUCUGGCUGGCUGUUACCCAAGGGAAUUUUGCCACCCUCUCUUCUUCUUUCCCGUCCCUGUCAGCUGCCAACCUACUGAUUGUCACAGGGACAUUUGUCAUGAUCAUUGGCUUCGUGGGUUGCAUAGGCGCCAUCAAAGAAAACAAGUGCCUCCUGCUGAGUUUUUUUAUCAUGCUGUUAAUUAUAUUUCUGUUGGAGCUCACUGUUGUGAUUCUGUUCUUCGUCUACACUGACAAGAUUGACAAGUAUGCUCAGCGGGAUCUGAAGAAAGGGCUUCAUUUGUAUGGGACAGAUGGAAAUAUUGGCCUAACUAAUGCAUGGAGCAUCAUUCAAACAGAUUUCAGAUGCUGUGGAGUCUCCAACUACACUGACUGGUUUGAAGUGUACAACACAACCCGGGUGCCAGACUCCUGCUGCUUAGAAUUCAGUGAGAACUGUGGGCUCCACUCCCCAGGGACCUGGUGGAAAGCGCCGUGCUAUGAAACAGUGAAAAUAUGGCUCCAGGAAAACUUACUAGCAGUGGGAAUCUUUGGAUUGUGCACAGCUAUGGUGCAGAUUCUCGGACUCACCUUUGCAAUGACCAUGUAUUGUCAGGUAGUCAAGGCAGACACCUACUGUGCAUAGAUACCGUUUCCACCCUUUCUGCUCCUCCUCCAAAGGACACAGGAGAAAUCUCCUUCAUGCUCAUCCAUCUGACCUUUCCAACCCCCUCCCCCUUUGUACUAUAAACUGUGUAUAAUGCUAUCCUUCUGAAGAUUUUGUGAAUCAUCCCACUUCACUGAAGGAGGAAGAAAAGAAAAAGUCAGUACUUGAACUGGUGCAGGUAAGAAGGAGCUUUGUCUUUGAACAGAAGAAAACUCCCAAGAGCAAUGGUUUCUUUUCCAUGGCCUAUGGCAAGGCAAAGGAGGCUGCUUAUGAGGGGCUGAUCUGCAAACCCAUGGUAGGAAGAUUGCAGUAAGGCAACCUCUGUCAAACCUGCCAGGUUGCUUUCCCACAUCCCAUGGUCUGGAAGAAAGGGCAUAGAAAAUGAGUGUUCUUCAGCAAGAAGGUACAGAGUAGCUAGCACAGAAUGCAAUUACUACAGUUUGCAUAUAGCUAAAACAUCAAGAUCAAGCAGCCCUGCCUCCAGGUGUCUCAAGAUGAUUUUGUAGCCAGGAGAAGAUCAUCUUCAGAAAUAUGUUAUUUUAAAGGAGUAUUUUUAAUCUUUUGUGCUGGAAAGUUGGGCUUUUAAUCAGAAUCUGUACAGUGAGAUCUGGCUGUUAAGGGAAAACAAUAUUGGACAUUGUCUCAUUAAUUGCCAGUGGCAUAUAGAUGGUUGACUGUAUAUGUAAUAUAUAUUACAUUCAUACAUACAUAUGUUCUGCAAGGAGGUAAAAAUACCCAGCAUCUAACCUCAGAAAGAGGAGACCUAUCUAUCCCAUUUUACAUUCCAACUGAAAUAACUGACUAUUAUUUCUUGUAGGAGGCACUAUCACUUAUACCUCUGGGAAACAAGUAAUUACUUUCAGCUGUAUCUUCAUUUCAGUAAACAACUUGUGAGUG